AUGAUGCUUUUGAAAAGAUUUGUUGAACAACGCAAGUCUAUCGGGGCAUCUGUGCCGAAGGUUAUAUUGAUGGGCUCAUUUACUCAUGUCGAUGAUUUGUGUUCCUAUUUUGGUACCAAAACUACAGACGGCACGCUUUUGCCUGCUCCUUAUGUGACUCUUCCUACGAGGUUCCAUGUGGAGAAGCAUUAUCUUGAAGAAGUAAUGGGCAACAUUGCCCAUUCUUUGACACCGGAAAUCUUAUGGCCUCUUCUUCAUGACGACAAGGCUACAAGACAAUUCCUGGACACCCAUUUCAAAACAUUCGAAAAAUCGGAAACCGUAACCAGCAACAAGUCUUGGGAAGAGGUACCUUGCGGGUUAAUUUCUGCGACUAUUCUCUCGCUCUUGUCUACAACAAACACAGGCUCCAUCUUUGUCUUCAUCCCAGGGUCUUCAUACACUGGGAGAGUCAUAAAUCAGAUCAAAGCCUUUGGUCCAAAGCUGGGAUUCGAUUUUGCAGAUCAGGAUCGCUUUAGAAUAGAUCAGUUUCACGGAAAUACAGCAAAAAACGAAAAACACAAAGUUCACUUUGAUGUUCCUCCGGGUUGCCGAAGAAUUAUCAUUUCAACAAACGAGAGAAAUUUCAUACCUCCAGACGUGAGGUACAUUGUUGACUCUGGCAAGUCAACUUAUUUGCGGGGGACUCAUGGGCAGGCUGCCAGCUGGAUUACUCAAACUGUCGCCUUGCAGCGGGCAAAGUGUGGAGGCAGAGUCCAGGCUGGAGAAUACUACUUCCUUGGUGCCAAAAAGUGUUUUGAUUCCCUUCCAGUUACCAGAUCUCUAACUGGAGCUGCUCACUUAGAUCUCCAACAAGCCUGUUUGCAUGUCAAGCGAGCGACCUCUGGAACAUCCUCAAUCGCAGAACUUUUCGCGCAAACCUAUGCGCCACCUCAAGAAUCUAGCGUCCGUGCUGCAGUGGAUGAUCUGAAGGAAUUGCAAGUAUUGGAUGAGCGGGAAGAACUCACCGAUCUUGGCCAUAUUCUCGUCGAUUUGGAUAUGGAUCCAUGUUUUGGGAAGAUGGUUGCUCUGGGCGUUAUUUUCCAAUGUUUGGACCCAAUGCUGAUCCUUGCGAGUCUCGGGUGGGACCCCAGACUUUUUUCACAAUUGCUUUCUUCGCCAGAUGCAGGCGUGGAUGGACCUUUCAGUCGUUCUAUCAACGAGUCGGGCUAUCAUGUAGCUAUCACCAAUACGUUUGGAGCCAUUCGAGAAAUGUUGCAUAAAGAGGGCAAACUUCCAGCUUUUGAGAAUGCAGUCUCAAAAUACCAUAUUUCCAACCUUUAUCGUAUAGCGACUUCGGAAAUUGAGCGAAUUAUCAGGAGAUUAAUCGCAGCCCAAAUCAUUCCUGCAGGCAAGUUGCCCAGUGAUGGGGCCUCUUUUAGUUCCAUCGGCUUGAAUGUCAAUUCCAAGAAUGAGGCUCUUAUCAAAACACUCUUGCUGCAGUGUCUGCCCUCCAAUCUGGCUGUGAAAGGCUUUGGUUAUUCAACCAUCAAAUUCAAAUCCGGAGAGAUUGUCGAACGGGAUCCAAAUUAUUCCAUAUACAAAAGCUAUAUCAUGGCUUACAACUUCGGGUCGGUCCGCACAAGCACGCCUAAUGGUAUGAAACAAAAAACUCAGGUCAACCCACUGGCCGCCUGCCUCUUGGGGAACAAGAUAAAACAGGAGGAAGAUAGCAUUAUCUUGGAUUCGUGGGUGAAAAUCAAACUACAAACUGUGGAAAGCAAUGAGGUUGCCAAAAAUUUGGUUCAAACACACAGAGUCUUGAAUGAAACCCUUCGCACUGCCUUUAGGAUACUUCCUCGUCAGACAAAGGCAAGCUUCGACUCCCAAAGGGAAUGGGUUUCAUAUCGUAGGGCUCGCCAUCAUUUCUUCAAAACCAUUCAGAAAACACUGCAAGAUAUUCUCCAUGCAAAUGAUCCACCACUGCCUCCCGCUGGAGCAGGGAACUAG